CGCUCCCUUAUAUCCUCUGAGAGAGGGCGUGUCAAUGGAUGUACUGACUGGUCAGUGGAUUACAAAAAGUAUCAAGUCUUAGUGGGAGAACCUGUUCGUAUAAAGUGUGCAUUGUUUUACGGUUAUAUAAGAGCAAAUUAUACCAUAGCACAAAGUGCUGGACUCAGUUUAAUGUGGUACAAGAGUUCUGGACCUGGAGAUUUUGAGGAACCUAUAGCUUUUGAUGGAAAUAGAAUGAGCAAAGAGGAAGAUGCUAUUUGGUUUCGUCCAACACUGGCACAAGACAGUGGGCUUUAUGCAUGUGUCAUAAGAAACUCAACCUACUGUAUGAAGGUAUCCAUUUCACUGACAGUGGGUGAAAAUGACACUGGUCUGUGCUACAAUUCAAAGAUGAAAUAUUUAGAAAAAGCUGAACUUAGCAAAAGCAAAGAAAUUUCAUGCCCCGAUAUACAGGAUUUUUUAAUACCAUAUAGAGAGCCAGAAAUCUUAUGGUAUAAGGAAUGCCAAGUUACAACCUGGAGACCAAGCAUUUUGUUGAAAAAGGAUACUCUUGUUAUCCGGGAGGUCACAGAAGAUGACAUUGGAAAUUACACUUGUGAAUUAAAGUAUGGACUCUUUUCUGUCAGAAGAACCACAGAAUUAACGGUUACAGCCCCACUUACAGAAAAACCACCAAAACUUUUGUAUCCUUUGGAGAGUAAACUGACAAUUCAAGAGACACAGUUGGGCCAUUCUGCUAACCUAACUUGCCGAGCAUUCUUUGGAUACAGUGGAGAAGCCAGUCCUUUAAUGUAUUGGAUGAAAGGCGAAAAGUUUAUUGAGGAUUUGGAUGAAAGUCGGGUUUGGGAGAGUGAUAUUAGAGUCCUUAAAGAACAUCUUGGAGAACAAGAAGUUUCCAUUUCAUUAAUUCUUGAUUCAGUGGAAGAAGGAGAUCUUGGAAAUUACUCCUGCUAUGUUGAAAAUGGAUAUGGCCGCAGAUAUGCUACAGUUAUUCUACUUAAGAGGGAGUUGAUGUAUACAGUUGAACUUGCUGGAGGGCUUGGUGCUAUUCUGCUACUACUUGUUUGUUUAGUGACUAUUUACAAGUGCUACAAGAUAGAAAUUAUGUUAUUCUACAGAAACCAUUUUGGUGCAGAAGAACUAGAUGGAGAUAACAAAGAUUAUGAUGCCUAUUUGUCAUAUACCAAAGUGGAUCCUGACCAAUGGAAUCAGGAAACUGGGGAAGAAGAACGAUUUGCUCUUGAGAUCUUACCAGAUAUGCUUGAAAAGCAUUAUGGGUACAAACUAUUCAUUCCUGACAGAGAUUUAAUUCCAACUGGAACCUACAUAGAAGAUGUGGCAAGAUGUGUAGACCAAAGCAAGCGACUGAUAAUUGUCAUGACUCCAAAUUAUGUGGUCAGAAGAGGCUGGAGCAUCUUUGAAUUGGAAACCAGACUUAGGAACAUGCUUAUUACAGGAGAAAUUAAAGUGAUCCUCAUUGAAUGCAGUGAACUGCGAGGAAUUAUGAACUACCAGGAAGUUGAGGCACUGAAACAUACCAUCAAGCUUCUAACUGUUAUUAAAUGGCAUGGACCAAAAUGCAACAAGUUGAAUUCCAAAUUCUGGAAACGUUUACAGUAUGAAAUGCCUUUUAAGAGGAUAGAACCUAUUACCCAUGAGCAAGUUUUAGAUGUUAGUGAGCAGGGGCCCUUUGGGGAAUUGCAAACGGUCUCAGCAAUUUCAAUGGCUGCUGCUACCUCCACUGCUCUUGCCACUGCCCACCCUGAUUUGCGUUCCACUUUUCAUAACACAUAUCAUUCACAGAUGCGUCAGAAACACUAUUAUCGAAGCUAUGAAUAUGAUGUACCUCCUACUGGCACCCUGCCUCUUACCUCAAUAGGUAACCAGCAUACUUAUUGCAAUAUCCCAAUGACACUUAUUAAUGGACAGAGACCACAGACAAAAACUAACCGAGAGCAGAAUCCUGAUGAGGCUCACACAAACAGUGCAAUCCUGCCCCUCUUACCACGGGAAACUAGUAUCUCCAGUGUCAUUUGGUGA